AUGACCAAGCCUGCCGCCGAGCCCAUCCCGGUGCCCAAGGGCUACCCUGACGAUGUCUUUGACUCGCAGUACACCCAGAUCCGCAAGAAUGCUCGCGGCCUCACCCACAACCUGGGCCACAACACUGUCACUUACCUGAAGGAGCUUUUCCCCGUCAUCGACUGGAUUCCUCGCUACAACCUCUCCUGGUUCACUGGCGAUCUGAUCGCUGCCAUCACCGUCACGGGCGUGAUCAUUCCCCAGGCUCUGGCUUAUGCCACCCUUGCUGGCGUCCCCGUCCAGUAUGGCCUGUACACCGGUCUUGCCGGCAUGUUCUUCUACUUCCUGUUCGCCACCUCCAAGGAUGUCACUAUCGGCGCCACUGCCGUGCUCUCCCAGCUUAUUGGCCAGAUCAUCGCCUCUGUCAACUCUGACAACAAGUACUCGCCCAUCUCCAUCGCCAUUACCAUCGCCUUCUUCCAGGGCAUCAUCGAGUUUGCCCUUGGUCUCUUCCGCCUCGGUAUCGUCGUUGAUUUCAUUCCCUCCUCGGUCAUCUCGGGCUUCACCACCGGUGCCGGUCUCACUGUCAUCAUCGGCCAGAUCCCCGGUCUCUUUGGCAUCCAGGGCGUCAACACCAACGACCCCUCGUCGCUCAACAUCCUGAUCAACACCAUCAAGAACGCCUCGACCCUCAGCAACCUCGACACGGCCUUUGGUGUCUCUGCCCUGGUCUUCCUGCUCCUCGUCAAGUACACCACCCAGAUCCUGGCCCGCCGCUACCCCAAGCUUGGCUGGCUCAAGUGGGUUGGUAUCACCCGCAACCUGGUCGCCCUGAUUGUCUUCACCGGCAUCAGCUACGCCAUCAGCAAGGACGCCAAGAACGGCAAGUACCCCAUCACCCUCGUCAAGACCGUCCCCGCUGGUCUCGCCGGCCUGGCCGUUCCCAACCUCACCGACGCUGGCCUCGUCUCGCGCGCUGCCCAAGGCCUUCCCGCCGUCAUUGUCGUUGCCAUCAUCGAGCACAUCUCUGUCGCCAAGUCCUUCGGCCGUAUCAACAACUACAAGGUCAGCCCCAACCAGGAACUCGUUGCCCUCGGUCUCGUCAACUUCCUUGGCAGCUUUGUUGGCGGCAUCCCCUCGACCGGCUCCUUCUCGCGCACUGCCAUCAAGUCUGCCUCGGGUGUCCGCAGUCCCUUUGCUGGCUUCAUCAGCUCGAUCUUGACCCUGAUUGCCCUGUACACCAUUACCCCAGCUCUGUUCUGGAUCUCCAAGGCCACGCUCUCGGCCCUGAUCAUUGCCGCCAUCACCGAGCUCUUUUCCCCUCCCGAGGUCAUCAAGCAGCUGUGGGACAUCCAGUUCACCGACUUCCUGUCCUUCUGGGUUGCCCUCUUUGUCACCGUCAUCUUCAACAUCGAGACCGGUAUCGAAGUGUCCAUCGGCUUUGCCCUCGUAAUCCUGCUGUACAGAAUCGCCCGCCCUCGCAUCCAGCCCCUCGUCCAGCAUGCCGGCAAGUGGUACUCGCCCGACCAGUCCCAUGGUCUUACCGUCGCCAGCGCCCCCGCCGGCGUUCUUGUCUUCCGCCCCGAAGAGUCCCUGACCUACCCCAAUGCUAGCUACAUCACCGAGAAGAUCCUCGACGAGGCCAAGGAGCGCACCCGCUACGGCGGCGUUGUUACCAAGCACAGCAACGACAAGGUCUGGAGCGAUUCGACUGGCCUUGCCAAGAAGACCGAUCUCAGUGGAGAGCGCCCCAUCCUCCGCUCGCUUGUCCUUGAUUUGUCCUCGGUCAACUUUAUCGAUGCUACGGGCAUUCAGGCCCUGAUCGAUCUCCGCCACGAGCUCGACCGCUAUGCCGGCCACAACGUCGCCAUCCACUUCAGCCGCGUCAAACCCGCCCUGGUCCGCCCCAUCAACUACUUCCUCCAGACGACCAACUCCAAGAAGGUCAUUGCUGCGGUUGCCUCUUCGCCCACCGAGCACGGGGCGCCCACUGGUAGCACCUGGUUGCCUCAGGAUGCCACAAAGUUCAUCCACAGCAAUGUCUCUGAUGCCGUCCAGUCACUUGCCGUCUGA